AGAGAGAGAGGAGCACAGCGCACAGACAGGUUUCACCUCCUCUUCCUCCGGAUCAACUCCUCUCCAUCAUGGAUUCUCCUUGGGCUCGUGCCCUGCUCUCCGCCGGAUAAACUUUGGACUUACACUCGUAUCAUCAUCAUGGGGAUAUACUGCGUGUGCGCUCGGCCCCGUGGAUCUAUACUGCCUUGAUGGAAACCAUGUCACCGCAGCAGGGGACCAUGGGACAGAACAGGUCCGACUCUCUGACUGGAGAGAGCAAGGCGCUUCCCGACAACAAAAAGAAGAUGAAGACCUUGGCCCAGAGACGCCAGUCAGCUCCCUCGCUGGUCAUCAGCAAAGCACUUACCAGAUCGAGAAGCACAUCCAGGGAAAGCUGCCUGACGCCAGUCAGCCCAGAGUCGUGUCCCCUCGUCCAGGCCUUCCUGGCUGAAUGUACCGGCCGUCUGUUCCUGGGUCACGCCCAAACCCAGCUGAAGACAGGCCUGCAGACCCAGGAGAGACACCUCUUCCUCUUCACCGACACACUGCUCGUCGCCAAGGCCAAGUCUCCCACUCAUUUCAAGGUGAAGGCCCAAGUCAGAGUGUGUGAGAUGUGGACGGCCAGCUGCGUAGAGGAGGUGUGUGAGGGGAGCACCAACCCAGAGAGGAGCUUCGUCAUGGGCUGGCCCACCUGCAACUGUGUGGCCACCUUCAGCUCUGAGGAGCACAAGGACAAGUGGUUGGCACUCAUCAAAAGUCGGAUAAUCGAGGGAAAAGAGAAGGACGACCCAAAGACUAUUCCUCUGAAGAUUUUUGCAAAGGACAUUGGAAAUUGUGCAUAUGCCAAGACACUUGCGGUCAGCAACACUGACAGCACCACUGAUGUCAUCCGCAUGGCUCUGCUGCAGUUUGGCAUAUCGGGCUGCGUUAAAGACCACAGGUUGUGGGUGAACUCCAGUAAGGAUGACCCCCCAUACCCUCUCAUUGGCCACGAGUUCCCCUUCAGCAUCAAGAUGAGCCACAUUCGGGAUGGUGGGAGCACUGGUGGAGGACUGGGAGGAGGAGCAUGGAGGGAUCCAACGAGUCCCACAGAUUGUCCAGGGGUGCUGCUGCUGGACCAGUGUCUCCCCCCAGACACCCAGUGCCAGUUUAUCCUCAAACCCAACAAGGUCUCCCCGGGACUCGUUACGCUUAUAGAGCCUGGUCAGCAGAAAUCCUUUAAGAGAAAGAGGUCUCUGAUCAACUGGCCUUUCUGGAAAGGCUCCAACACACAGCUGGACAGCCUGCCCCUGUCCCCGACCUCGCUCUCCCCCACUCAGGGACGGCUGUUCGGACGACCCCUGAGCUCCGUCUGCUCUCCAGACCACGGCCUGCCCAAGCCUGUCAUGGACAUGUUGGUAUUCCUGUACCUGGAGGGGCCAUACACCAGGGGCGUCUUCAGGCGGUCAGCUGGGGCCAAAGCCUGCCGGGAGCUUCGGGACAGACUUGACAGUGGGACCGACGACCCGGAGAUCACACACCAAUCAGUGUUCGUCAUCGCUGCUGUCCUCAAGGACUUCCUGCGAAACAUCCCAGGCAGCCUGCUGUCUGCGGAUCUGUAUGACCAGUGGAUGGAUGUGAUGGAAGGGGAAGCAGGGGAGGAGAGGAUGCAAGCUGUCCAGAGGUUGCUUCACCUCCUGCCCAACGAGAACCUGCUCCUGUUGCGACACGUGAUGGCCGUGCUGCACUGUAUCCAAGGCAACGCCCAUGACAACCAGAUGAACGCCUUCAACCUGUCCGUCUGCAUCGCUCCCAGCAUGCUUUGGGCUCCUGCGCCUAGCACCCCAGAGAUAGAGGGGGAGGGCACCAAAAAGGUCUGUGAGCUCAUUCGCUUCCUCAUAGAGAACUGCUGCAGAGUCCUGGGAGAAGACGUCACCUCGCUGUUCAGAAGCUUCAGCCAGAAGAGCAGCAGCAGUGACCACGGAUCAGAUGUGUCGUCCUUCCAGAUGAAUGACUCGUCCUACGACAGUCUGGAGAACGAGCUGAACGACGACCCUGAGUCUCCCUACCAGGAACAGCUGCCCCUUCGUGACAAGGACAAGCCAGACAGCCGCAGCCGGGACUCCGUCAUCACCCUCAGUGAUUGCGACCCUGAUCCUGACCCUGAGACUGACCUCCUACUGCAGCUCCCCCCACUGGCCAGAUCCAGAAGGUUCAGCCCUGCAGUGCGACAGCCUCGCACCCGCCAGGCCAAUGGCCCGUUGCAGGGUCCCAGGAGGCUGAGGAGGAGCUCAGAGCCCGCCUUGGCCUUGGCAAGCACGACGCCUUCAAGCACAGUGACUGCUCACACCGAUAACCACCGCCUACCAGUAAGGAAGACAAGCUAUGAUGCCGCCAUGGAGGGGGAGGAGGACGAGGUGUUUCUUAAGCAGGGGCUAAGCAGGCUGCAGCUGAAGGAGGAGGAGGAGGAUGGAUGUGAGAAGGGAGGAGCCAAAGUCCAGAAUGGUGGGCGGAGAAAGAUGAAGCACGCCCCUCCGCCCCCAUUGAGACUGGAUGCCAGCUGUUCUAGUCUGUCGUCACCGGCAACCUCACCCACGGGCUCCUCCCUCAGCUCUUUAGACUCUGCCUUCUCACAGUACUCUACUGACUAUGCCACCAAUGGGGCGAUUCCAUUGGCUGAGCCUUCUUCUCUCUCCCCUGUCUUUCCUGGACGGCCCCAGCUGUCGCCCAGGGGCUCCCCGCCUCAUUUGCCACAACCUACCCAGCACCCUCGAGCCAGCCAAACCCCCUCACACCCUCAUGGCCUCCACCCUAACAUGUGGCUCAAGAAGGAACGCCGCCUGUCACUAAAGCAGCCUGAUAAUGGACACACUGAGGAUGACUUGCCUGUGGUGAAUGGGAAAACCCAACCAACCAGUAAUGGCUACUCCACCAGUGCCCAAGAGGCCGUGGUGCCAAGCCGGAUCAGCCAACGGAGAUCCAGCAGCCCUCCGUCCUACCAGCAGGCUCUGCUGCAGCUGCAGCGCAGCCGCUCUCCUUUCUACAAGGGGACAGAGAAACCUCUGACCGUCAGAGAGCUGAGGCAGCUCCACGACCAGACCUGCGCCUACAGCCCCCCGAUCCCAGCCUCACUUGACAACCCCAAACCACACACAGGAAGUGAGUUCAAACAAAGGCUGGCUAGAAAUGAGUGUGUGCAGCCCCCACAGGGGGUUUUCUAUGGACAGAGCACCACCACUUUGGUCCUACAGAGGCAAAAGUCCCUUACUUCAGCCAGUGAGGGACACAAAGGGAGGAAGACUCUUCCCCUUCCCCGCCGAGCCUCUGAACCUGACAAGGUCACGGCAAGCUCUAACUCCUCCACUAGCCUCACCCUGGACAGACCUCGCACUUCAAAAGGUCAGCCCCAAGAUGGCGGCCUGAGAGUGUUAGAGGUGGAGCCCAACCACGCCGAGUCACACUUCUGCCUGUCUCCCUCCGCCACCCGGGCUGUACGGGACUACUUUUCCUCCCAGGGUCAGGAGGAUGCAGACGCCUGCCUGAAAAGGAGUCAGGAGGUGGCGCUGGCUAUCGUGCAGGGGAAAAGGGAGUGGCAGAGCAGGCGGUGCAGUGACCCACGAGUGGACGAGUUUGACCAGCUUUUUUUUGCAGAAGAGUCAUACGUGUAAAUAAGAACUUUGUACAGACAAACUGUGUAUGAGUUUUUAUCUGAUAUGUUCACUUGUGUACAGCUGUCUUCACUGUUGAUUAAUAAUAUUUCUCCAUAUGCUCAUUUUCCUUCUGGCAGCAGUAGCCAUCCCAAUACAAGAAGGUGUUGCAGCUUACUGUAAUGGUACAGUCAAGGUUUAAGAUUUUAAAAGGUACAGAUACACUUCCUGCUUCCACCUCCUUGUGGUGAAGUUGUGGUUAUAUCCCAUAGUAUAAUGAAGUUUAAAAGCAAUUGUAUGUAUUUGACAGUGACUUUGUAGCUCUGCAGUUCAGUUCAUCCUCAAAAAAUUACAUAUUGAGUACUGAUGCCUGAUUCUGUAAAUUCAUUACAGGAAGAUAGGGUUUAGUGGGACAUCUGGAUCUGUAAACAAUCAUUAUAGCUGUUGUCAGAAUGGGUCAGCAUUACAGCUCUUGUGCCAAAAUCUGGUUCCCCUGAAAAAUAUUUUUCUUUGGCAGCGUGUCCCUGUUUUGCCUCUGGAAUGUGUCGUUUCUUUUCAGCACUUGGGGGAGAAAAAAAUGAAGGAGGCAAAGAAGCCUUUUUUCAUUCUCUGGAAGCUUGUGAAAUUAAAGUUAUAUUUAUCAUUUUCUAAACCAGCAGAAUAUAAUAUAAAGACUGAUGGGAAAUUAAGGCCUGACACAUUUUUGUAGUUAGCUUUUAACUGCGAAACAUAUAAAAUGUUUUGACUAAAUCUACCUGAAAAUUCCUACUUCACUGUAUAUGUCAUAUUGCAUCUAGGUCACAGUUUUUAAGGGGAUACAAAUGUUGGCACAAUAAACAACAACAAAGCUCUCUGCAGCAGUAAUGACAACAAAAUGGUCAUGAUGACUGCGAUGUCUUCAUGCAAAUACUAUGAACAUGCAUGCUUUUAGCUUUAUCCACACCUGUGAUGUUUGCUAGACCGCUGUACAUACUUAUUCCUUAAGAAAACAAAACAUCGACUAUUUUAACAGCGUUUGUACCUUUUAUGACCGGUUGUAUCUGUAACAUUUUGGGUGAAGCGUCUUGUCUCUCUGAAUCAGUGAAUCAAUAGGUUCGGUAUUAAUUCAUAUGAGCAGAGUUUCCAGAUGCACAGCACACAUUGUUGUGCUCUGUAGCUCUGGUUUGUAUCGCUGUGACCUGGGAGGGAAGGGAGGGGGGAGGAAGAAGGAAAAACUGUUUGUGUGUGUGUGUGUGUGUGUGUGUGUGUCAGAAUGUUGCUGAAUAUGAUGUUAUCACUGACAUUGUGUCCUGAGCAGGAAUGUGAGAAAACUUGUGCCAUUGAGGGAGAAAUCUCCUUUGUUUGUUCUCACCAAGAAACCAGUUCAGUCGUGACAAGGACACAGUCUGUUGUGUGUGUGUGUGUGUGUGUGUGUGUGUGUGUGUUGAAUGCUCCAUUGAAAAACAGCUUCUCUAACUGUUGUAUGUUUUGUCCAUAAUAAUAAUAAUAAUAAUAAUAAUCUUUUCGUUCCAGUGCUGCGGCCCUUGCAGUGCUGAUUUCUUCAGUGACACUUAAAGAUAAAUGACCUUAUUUCACUGUGCAUUUACUAAUUUGCAGAAAUUAAAUGUACAAAAAAUCUUAACACAAUGUAAGAGCAGUUCCCAUGCGUGUCAGCAGUGUUAUUAUGACAUUAAUAUAGCUUCUCAACUGAAUCACACACUGGAAUAAGGCCAUUGUCAUGUUAAGUGUUGCUAUUUUAAAUGGUCUCAAAAAGUACUUUAUCCUGUAUUAUUAAUAUUAUAAUUGUUAUCUCCAUUACAGUGAAUCGUGUUCAACGUGUAUAGUUCCGCAUAUUUAUGAUACAGAAAUAUAUAAUUAUAUAUAAAUAUAUUACCUUGUUACUUUGGUAUGUUGUGUUGUGUGAGAAAAUCAAAUGUGUAUUUUUGUACAUGCCAAUUCUGCUGCUGCUGUCUCUAUAGAAAGUAUAUUUGCUACAAAACGCACCAUUUGUAUAUUGUGUACAUCUGAUGUCCAAUGCUCACGAGAACAAGAUAUUAUUGAUUUUAAUAAAUGUUG